GGUUUAGUAAACCGGUUCGGGAUCCUCUCACCGACCCGCCAAACACGUCAGAAACUAAGAAGGAAAUGCUUUUACCCUCUCUUCUUCUGCUUCUUCCAAAUCGUCUCUGUAGAUUGGAUCUGCUGAGUAGGGUGGUGCAAUGUCUCGCUACGAGUCUCCUUCCUUUAACGACGGCGAGGUUAAUCCUUUUGCGAAUCCUUCAACUGUUCCUGCUGCAACGUCACAGUAUGACCGUGGUGGUGCCACAAUUGAUAUCCCUCUAGACUCUGGGAAGGAUCUGAAAGCUAAGGAGAAGGAACUCCAGGCCAAAGAAACUGAAUUGAAGAGACGGGAGCAGGAACUUAAGCGGAAAGAGGAUGCUAUAGCACAGGCCGGGAUUGUGAUAGAAGACAAAAACUGGCCACCUUUAUUCCCUCUCAUCCACCAUGACAUCUCUAAUGAGAUACCCAUCCAUCUGCAGAGAAUCCAAUAUGUUGCAUUCACAUCGUUGCUGGGUCUUGUGGUGUGCCUGUUAUGGAACAUUGUAGCAGUCACCACCGCGUGGAUUAAGGGAGAAGGUCCAACGAUAUGGUUUCUAGCUAUUAUCUAUUUCAUAUCGGGGGUUCCUGGAGCAUAUGUUAUGUGGUAUCGACCUCUAUAUCGUGCCAUGAGGACUGAUAGUGCUCUGAAAUUUGGGUGGUUUUUCUUCACUUAUCUGGUGAGUUUUUCAUUCGAUUUAGUGAUAUUUUCUUGGUUAGUUCUGACACAUCCAAAGGAGGAAGGGGAAAUGUUAGUAAAAAGACUUGAAAUGAAAAUGCAGUUUCACAUAGGGUUUUGUGUAUUCGCCGCGGUGGCUCCUCCAAUCAUCUUCAAGGGGAAAUCGCUGACGGGAAUAUUGCCGGCGAUUGACGUGUUGAGCGGGAAUAUAUUGGUUGGGAUAUUCUAUUUCAUUGGGUUUGGAUUCUUCUGCCUGGAGUCACUCGUGAGCAUCUGGGUUAUUCAGCAAGUGUACAUGUACUUCAGGGGGAGCGGUAAAGCAGCAGAGAUGAAGCAGGAGGCAACAAGACGAGCAAUGAUGGCAGCUCUCUGACCACACACCUUUGAGUCUUAACCCUGAAGAUAACAUACAAACAGAUCCUUUCCUUUUUCAAUCUUUUUUUUAACUUUAUUUAACUAAGCGGGGUUUAUUGGCUUUUGUAUUUUAAUGGAUUUGAAAAUCCGAACUAAAAUGUAACCAAAACUUUUGAUUUCUUUUUUAACCGUAUUCUGAUUACUUUA